AUGCAGAAGGCUUCCAUGCAACACCAUUCGACGCUGUCCAAGGCCUGGACAUCCAGUGCAGAUGAAGCUGAUCCCGUGCUGUGCGUCGCAUCCAGCCCCUCGAGGGCCUGGCUCGCCGUGGCCACCAGCCAGUUCAUCUCGAUACAUUCGUGCGACACCCUCGGCAUACCCACGCGCCGCCUCAAGCCCAAUUCAGGAUCGAAUCUCCUCGUGCUGGACUUGGACGGCAAAGUGACCUGCAAGUUCGGCCCGUUUGAGUCUGCCAUCAGUGGACUGGAGUGGGGACCCCUUGAUCAUUUGUACAUCGACCUCGCGACGAGGCUGCUGACGACCUCCUGCGACGAAAGCCAGCCCCUGCUCGAACUGCACGCAGAGCCCAGCACAGCACUGCUUGUGUCCACCAAGGCAUCCUUCCUGGCGCUGGGGGUGGCAUCUUCCGCCUCUGGGUUCCAGGUGCAUGUGUGGAAGCUGGCGAGCAAAUCAGACACCGAGAGCCAGUGCGAGGAGGGCAGCAGCACUAGCAGCACCAUCAUGAAGGGUGUCAUCACCCUCAAUGACUACGAGUCUGAGGUGACAUGCAUGGCAUGGGAUGAGAGGGAACGAUACAUUGCAACUAGUGAUGGCGCUGAGGCCACCAUCUGGGACAUUGCUGAGGCUCAGGAGGGGCACAGCGUGAUGAGCGUGGUGUGCUGUGGGCACAGCCCCAAGUCCAGGAUCGAGCACAUGGCAUUCCAGCCCGACGGCUCCUUCCUGGCGACUGUGGGCAGCGAUGGGCGCGUGCUGCUGUUCGACUCGUCGCUGUUUAUGGGCGGCGCCGGGGGAGUAAUCAGUCCCGCCGCUGCACAGCAGAUCUCAUCGCCAGGGUCAGCCAUCGUGGGCCUUGAGUGGCUGUCAGGAGGUAAGAUUCUGGCGGCGACGUCAGAUGGAGUCAUCACAGCACUGCAGCUGAGCGCGUCCGACACUGAAUCUGAAAGGGAUCAGACGCCGCCCCCGAUUGGAGUCCCUUCUUCAGUGUCCACUCCGCCUCCCCUGCCGCCCACCACUCCCACUCAGGCUGCUCUGCUUCACCUGGAGGGAACGCCCCAGGCUGCCAAGAAGAGGCCCCUGCCAGGCCCUGUGCUGCUGGAUGAAGAUGUGGAGGAUACCACUGGCCAGGGAAAGGCAGCAGGCAAAGCAGUGCUCAACGGACCCAAGCUGGAGAUCAAGACUGAUUCAGAGGGGACACCGGUGCUGGAGGCUACAGAGGGCCUGCAUGGUGACGAGCGCACCAAGAGCUGCAACCUCUCUCCCCUCACGCCCAAGUUCACUCCGAACGCCAACCGCUUCCCUGGCACCAAGGAUAGCAAGGACACCGGGAGCGUGACAUCAGACACCGGCCUCGCCCUGUACGACAGCCUGUCUUCCCUGUCUCCCCAGGGGUCAGUGGAGGUCGAGUCCGCCUCGAGUGCACCCAAGCCGCCUGCUGAGCUGACUCAGCUGCGCACUGCAAGCUCGCCAGUCCCCACCGCCCAGGCAACAGCCGCCAACCGCCCGCCGAAGCUGCGUGUGGAGACCUUUGCCAACCAGCAGUCGCCCAAGACCUCCUACAACAGGACAUCCGAGAACGGCGGCUAUGCCGGACCCCGCCGCACCUACUCACAGGACAGCUAUCCGGCGUAUGGGAGGAGCCAGUCCUGGAUGGAGCCUGCCCAGCGUCAGGGCAGUGGCGGGUUGCAGCACCAUGACCGCUCCAGCAGUAUCAGCAAGGUCCCACCCCGCUCUGGGAGCCAGGGGGAUGCGCCGCCGCGCACGAGCGCGCUGUCGCCGGGGCUGCUGCAGCACAUCCAGGCAGUCAAGGACAACCCGCAGCCGCUGCAGCACUCCCACCGCUCAGACCUCGCCGGCUGGGGGCCCGGGCCGCUCUCCCCCAUGCCCGCCUCUGCCCCCAACCACCAAGUGCAGUACAUGAUGCCGUUUGGGCAGCAGAUGGGCGGCGGCCAGAUGGCGCCGGUGUUUGUGCCCGCGCAUGGGCCGCCCUCCUACGGAUACUACCCCUUCAUGGGCCCCCAGCCGAUGAUCCACACCGCGCCACCCCCGGGGGGACCCUCCUCUCCCAGCCAGCCAGGGACGCCGAGCGGGCGCGUGCGCGGGCCGGCGCCGCCGCCGGUGCCGCCGCCGCAGAGCCCCAUGCGCGCAGGCGUUCCCUCCGACUUUGGCGCCCCCCGCCCUGUGCCGGCCGGGCCAAUGAUGUUCGUGCCGGCUGGCGCGCAGCCCCCGCAGGGCUGGGCUCCGGUGAUGGUCCCCCCUCCCGGCUGGAUGGGCAUGUAUGGGCAGCCACCCUUCAUGCACCCCGCGCCGCAGAUGGCGCCGCCGCAGAUGGCGCCGCCGCAGGAGAUGGGCGAGGACACCUUCGAUCAGAUGCCGCCAUUCGCCACCCCCUUCAACGACGACUCAGUGGGCAUCAGCGCAAAUCCGCAGGUGCGCUGGGCGGCCGGCUACCGCUCGGCGCCGGCUAACCUCUCGCGCGACCAGCUGAUGCGCGGCGGCGGUUACUACUCCAAGCAGCCCUCCGCGCGCGUGUUCAACGGCGUUCCCCGCCCCAACCCGCCGCCCAACAACACCUCCCCAGCGAGCCACGUGGGCAAGGGUGAGGGCGGCGGCUCCAACUCGGUGAGCGAUGCCGGCUCCACGGGCGACAACUGCUCUGCAAGCGGCGACAAGGCGCCCCCCACCCCGACCAGGAGCUCCUUCAGCUGCGCCUCCCCCUCCUUCGCGAACGGCUUUGCCAAACCCAUCUUCUCCGCGGGCGGCCUGCUGAUGAGUGACGGCCUGGGAGGAGAGGCGCCGCACCCAGUGACCACGCUGUACGUGGGCAACCUGCCAUCCGCAGUGGACGAGUACACGCUCAUGACCAGCUUCCAGUUUUUCGGCCAGAUCACCAACAUCCAGGAGGAAGAGGGCGUGCGGGUUGUCAUCUUUGGCAUGGAAUGCCACUGGCACUGGGACAACUUCAAUGGUUGGCACCAUUUCUUGGGCGACGGCUUCAACGUGAUCCGCGACAAGAACUCUGCGCAGUCGCGCGGGUUUGCGUUCGUCACGUUCGCGCAUCCGCAGGCGGCCACCAACGCGCAGUCCUACAUGAACGGCAUGACUCUCUACGGCGCAUUCGGCGGCCGCUCCAUUCGCGUGGGCCCCUCCAAUCGCGCAUCCUCCCUUGCCGAGGAGUGA